AGAUAGUUAGAAAUCACUCGCCAUUGACCCUCCUGAGCGCUGGCAUCAGCUCCUUGGAGAGGAGAAGCAGCGGGGGCAGCGGCCAGACACGCAGAGGGCACAUUUGCUCCAUGACGGAGCAGCCUGGCUGCCACAGGACGGAGCCGGGGCACUCACGGAGCACGCAGACGGAGCUCCCACUGCAGGGAGCCGGGAACCGGCCGGCGGAGAGCACCAGGAGGAUGUCCCCGGGGUCCCCACUCCGCUGAGGGCGCGAUGGGAGCCCCCUGACCGGCGGGGCUGAAAAUACAUGGUGCAAAGGUGGAAAGAAGCUUAACCAAGGUGCUGGUGCAGACUUGUGUGCGGUGGGAAGACUGCAGCCAGUGGAGGUGCAGAGCCUCUGGAAUCGCUGCCCAGGAUCCCGCACAGCUGCUGAAGCUUCAGUUCACAUUUGUCUUCGGACAGCGUUUCAGAAGCGGAAAUUCUUACCUGCAGCGAUAAGGGAACUGCAUGGAGGAAACGCAAAGAACAGUGAGAUAACUUGCAGGAGCUGGGAAAGUCACGCUGGUAACGUGCCCGAGGAGCGAUUACUUGCCUGCAUCCAGGAGCAGAUCUUCCAGCAUCGCCCUGCGUGUAGCUCCUUCGGCUUCGCGUACCACUCAUAAAUAAUCGUCCUAGCACGGCGUGGUGUGAGCUUUCUGACCGCUGCCGCACUCCCAGGGCCACCGCAUGAGCACGGCCUCGGCGGGCGAUGGCCUCGCAGCCCAGGCUGGCCCGCGUCCUGCUGCUCGGCCUCGUGGCUGGCUGGCUGAGGGCCGUGCAGCCCCGGGACUUCACGGUGAAGGACAUCGUCUACCUCCACCCCUCCACCACGCCAUUUCCUCAUGGAUUUAAAUGCUUCACCUGUGAAAAGGCAGCAGAUAAUUACGAAUGCAACCGCUGGGCUCCGGAUGUCUACUGUCCAAGAGGUACAAGGUACUGCUUUAGCCAACACAUGAUGAAAGUUACUGGGGAAAGCGUAUCCGUCACCAAGCGCUGUGUGCCACUGGAGGACUGUCUGUCUACUGGAUGCACAUAUGUAAAGCACGAGGAAUACAAGGUAUGCACUUCCUGCUGCGAAGGCAGCAUCUGCAAUUUGCCACUCCCAAGGAACACAACAGACGCCGUGUUCACGACCCUGUCCCCGCUCAGCAGCACAAAAGGACUUUCCUGUCCCGUAACGCUGACAGCCGCCUGCCUCCUGUUGGGGUUCCUCUUGUAGCAUCGCCUUGUGCUGCUCCACGUGGCACACGGACACGAGGAUCCAGCCUCCUCACAUGUGCUUGGGACCUGCGUUUUGGAGCUGUCUUUGAAAAACUGACUUUUGUUAACAGUGAACUGGUGAUCCUGGUAUGUAGAUGAAUUUGAAGGGGGUUAAAAAACCAUGUUUCUUUACCGUUUUCUGAAGAAACUCAUGCAAAACGUGUCCAGAAUUAGGGCUUAGACUGAUGCAUACGCUUUUCUAAAUGUCUGUCUUUUCUCCAAGAAUUUUUUUUUAUUUAGAAGCACUCCAUCACUGCCACCUCCUGUUAUCACCACUUGCUCAGUUGAAACUUUCUUGUUUUCAUCAUUUGGCGCAGCAAUUGCUCCAGUUAGCCCGCUUUGAGAACGUGUGGUAAAUCGCAUAGAGCUGCUCUGCCUCUGCAGGCUUUACCUUCUUUCCUCCCCUCUCUUCUCCUCUCCUCCUGUCGGAGGGGGGACAAGCCAUGCGCUGCAAGGAGCAGGUUGGAAAGGAGCCAUGGCAGCUUGGGGCCAUCCAGCACCACACCACGUGGGUUCUUCCUCCGAGGCUGUCCACAGCCAGCAAGAAGCGGCACCCCACAACAGCCCACACUUCGCCACAUAGGUGGGUUGUAUUUGGGUGUCAAGGCAGAGGGACUCCAAAACUGGAGCUCCUGAAGCAGUGCUGGGAGGGAGGUGGGUGAACAAGCCCUGACCUCCAUGCGGGGGAGCUGGCAGCUCUGGCUUUGUGGUGCCAGCGUUGGGGCGUUUACACGUCUCCGCGCUCCGGCACGUGGUCCUGUGAGCUGUCACCUUGGUCCCGAUGCAUCAAAAGAGGCUUGAGCAGGACUCCAAGCAUGAAUAACCCUGCUGAGCCACACGCCAUGGGCACCUUGGUCCACAAACGACGGGGAGCGGCAGGUAAGCGAGGUGAGGCUGGCCUCUGCAUGGCUCCUGCUGUGGUGUCUCCCCAGUGAAUUAGUAUCGGUCGUUUCUUCACGACUUCAGAGUUAUGCAUGCAGCAUCACUGAGGUACCGGGAGCUUUAAGUUGAAAAGGUAAAAAUUAAGAGAGAGGAGUAGGCAACAGCAGUCUGGACAAGGGGACACACGGUUACUGCAUGAGAGAGGCUGGAUCCUGAACAGCUUGUCUCGUUUUGUUGACACACUGCCAUUGCAGAGUAUGGAAUACCACUGGCUGCAGCUUUGUGUUGGUGACCUGUGGUUCUGCUUUUGUUUGGACAUAGUGUAUGCAAUAUUUAUUUUUGUAUGUUGAGUAGGCUCUAAAGUGUUCAAACAGUACUUAACACAGUUAUUGCCAGGAAAGAAAAAAAAAAA